UGUUAUAAAAAGAAACUCCUGAAAACCAUGACGCAAAGGUGGCAAAUGUCGCAAAACCAAAACAAUCAGUUACGACCUAGCGAUAAGAGGGGGUGGGUGUACGCUCCUUUGGUCCGUGAACUGUGUAUUUAACAAUACCCAACGAAGCAGCAUUUUAAAAAGCAAUAGCAGCUGAUACAGGUGUGACAGCAGAAUGCCACCCAAAACACAAGAUGUUGCCAACUUGUCCAACGGCAACAUCUACCUUGUGUUCUACAAUGUCUUCCUGAGCUUGGGGUGGCUCAUAGUCCUGAUCCAGACUCUCCACCACCUGGUGUAUGAAGCGGGAAGCCUUGACGGACUGUGGGAGAGCACCAGCAGUGUCCUCAAGAUAUUCCAGAGCCUUGCCAUCCUGGAGGUAAUACAUGCUGCAGUGGGACUUGUGCCAUCCAGUGUAGCCAUGGUGAUUCCUCAAGUCACCUCACGCCUGGUCAUCCUGUGGCCGGUCCUCUGCGCUGUGAACAACACUCACUCUAGCAUUGGUCUGCCAAUGUUGCUUGUUGCCUGGAGUGUAACAGAAGUUAUCAGAUAUGCUUAUUAUUUCCUCAGUAUUCUCAACCAUGUACCUUCCAUUCUCACCUUCCUAAGGUACACUUUGUUUAUUGUCCUGUACCCAUUGGGUGUUAUUGGGGAGCUACUGUGUCUCUAUGCUGCCCUACCCACUGUGGCCAAAACCCGGAUGUACUCCAUCUCAAUGCCUAAUGCCCUCAAUGCCACCUUUGACCUGCACUCAACCCUCAUCGUCUUUGCUCUCCUUUACUUACCAGUGUUCCCAAUGCUGUACAUGCACAUGUUUGCCCAAAGGAAAAAGGUUUUGGGCAAGAGCAAGAAGGCAGACUAAACAGGACAUGUCUUGGAGAUGAAGAUAACUGAUGCCUCCAGUUCACAAUUUUAUAUUAACGUAGCAGAAUGAUUUGCCUCUGCAUCACUGGCUUAGAGGGCUAUAUAGAAGAUUCUCAAGGAUGUGUGGAUUAACGUAGCCAAUGCAGAUUUGCCUCUGCAUCACUGGCUUAGAGGGCUAUAUAGAUUCUCAAGGAUGUGGACAUUAACAAAUGUACAUACUGUAUGACUGAUGGAGUUUUUGUACUGAUGUUCAUAUAUUUGAAAUACAUUAAAUGCAGUAAAGUUUAAUAAUGUCCAAGAUGUAAAAAUUCAUAUUGUAACAUGCCUUUAUGUCCUGAUGGCUUUUAUAUUGAUGUGGGAAUAGUGAAUUACAUAGAGUGUGGUGGUCCAGUUGUUACAGGCAAGUGGUCAUAAAGGAAGAUUAAGUUUGAAAAGCAAGUUCUCUUUGCCAUCAACACAAAGAAGUCCUAAAGUAAACUUUAACCUAAGGUUAAUUAUUUUGCAAUUUACUGCUUGCAUUAAUUAAUCUUAUUGCUCUGUAAUAUGAUACACGAAUUAAAUUAGAAGUUAUGACAAGUUCUAUUUUCUAUUAAAGCUUUUGACAAGUUCUACCUUGUAUUAUGUUCAAUUGUGCAAUGUGUACUUUAGUGUUUGGCAAGUCUUAUCCCUCAAGGUCAUCAGAAAGGGUCACUAAUUAAUGGCAAGCUUGUCUGUCUGCCAUCUCAUAUGAGAAGCAGGUGGUAAAUGGUUAACAUUUUUCAUUAAAAGAUAUUCAAUGAAUCACUGUGCUGCAUCAGGUUAUAACAGCCUGGUCCAAAUACAAAUGCUUAUCUUAUCCAAAUGAUCAGUUUAAAUACACUAGUUAAAAUGCUCUCUACUCAAAAUGCUCUCUACUCAGUGAUACUAAAUAUGACCACAGUUUAUUACUACUACCCUUUACCAAUUUUGAAAAGUGCAAAUACUUUAAAUGCCACUAUGUAAAAUGCUUAAUAAACAUUAAAAUAUUA